CAAGAAGGCCAGUUGUGUGCGCAGCAUGCUCUGAAUACUUUACUUCAAGGUCCUUAUUUUACUGUUGUUGAUUUAUCUCAACUAGCCAUGCAACUGGACGAAGAAGAGGCAGCUGCCAUGGCAGAAAGCAAUGUAGGAGGUAUUGAAUCUGCCGAUUUUGUCAAGUUUAAACAGGGUGGAUCCAGCAAUUACGACGAUUCUGGAUUCUUUUCAGUUCAAGUGAUUUGUCGAGCACUUCAGGUCUGGAAUUUAGAAUUAAGACCAAUUGGAUCCAUAGAUGCCGCAUUCAUUUGCAAUCUGAAUGAACAUUGGUUCACACUCCGCCAAUUUGGAAGAUCGCCUAAUAGGUGGUAUGAUUUAAACUCUCUUUUCAAAGAACCAAAGUACAUUAGCGAAACCUAUUUAGCAAUGUUUAUUUCUCAAAUUCAAAUGGAAGGGUAUUCAAUUUUUGUUAUUUUGGGAGAUUUACCUCGA